AUGGAUUUAACAGCCAUAAAGUUUUUGGUAAGUAUAAUAUAUUUCCAGAUAGUAGGGGAAAAUAAAAAUUUUUUUCAACUUAAUCUCUCUUAACAGAUCUGUCGAGAUCAAAUCUCAUAAUAACUAUAGCUUUGUUUCCUUUUAACAUCUGGCAGUCAUCCAAAUCAGUAUUUGA